UCGACCUUGAUCGAGUUCCCUUCACACUUGCACAUCAUCUUGUACUGCACGCACAGCAUGCUAACACAGCCUCACACCUCAUCAAAUCGGUGCCACCAAAAUGAGGGUCUGUAGUAGCGACGUUAGCGUCGUUCUAGUAGCCUUGGUGGGUCUCGCAGCGUUCGUAGUAGCCGCCGCCUCCCACGGCGGCGUGUUCUACGUCGGCGACCAAGACGGCUGGGUCGGCAAUCCGGCGGAGAGCUACGGCCGCUGGGCCGCCCGCCACCGCUUCAAGGUCACGGACACCCUCGUUUUCAAGUACAAGAAGGGCGCGGACUCCGUGAUGGCCGUGGACAAGCGCCACUACGACGCCUGCGACGUGAGGGACCCCAUAGGCAAGCGGAGCGACGGCGACUCGGCGUACGUGUUGGGCACAGCCGGGGCGUUCUACUUCAUCAGCGGCGAUGUUGGCCAGUGCAAGAAAGGCCAGAAGCUCACGGUGGUCGUGGCGGCUGAGACGGCGGAACCGCGCGUAGGAUCGCAGGCUCCCUCCCCAUCUCCAGCCCUUGUGCCGUCUACCUCUAUAGCAGCAUCUCCGGAUUACUACACGACACAGCCUUCUCUAGGAUCCCCAUCUUUUAAAGGUUUACCAUUGUCACCUGCGCUAUCACCAACGGAUCCACCUCUGCCAUAUCCACAUGCCCCACCUCCAAAUGCUCCUUCAUUAGUGCCGAUUCCGUCAAACUAUACAUCUCUCCUCCCAUUACCGACUCAUAAGUCAUCACUACCGCCUGCACCGUCACAUUUACCACAUGAACACUCGAUGCCAGCACUGAUACCUCCAACCUUAUCUCCAAAACCACAACCACGCACGUUUUUACGUUCACCAUCACCAACGAGUACAAUGGCUUCUUCCCCGGUAUCAAGAUCGGGAACAAAAACCUCAUUGUCUCCAUCUCCAUUCCUACCGCCAAAUCGUCAACCGCAUGCUCCACCUCCAACCAUCUCCCCAACACACACACUUAAUUCACAAAAAAAUUCUAGCACAAAGUCUUCUAUAGCAGCAUCUCCUAAAAUGCAACCUCCUGCAGCAACCUUGACGCAUCCAUCGCCCUCCUUCGUCCCUCGGCCACCACCAUUGAAACAACAAAAUACAAGGGUAACUCCAGCACCAGCACCAUUACAGAAGUACCCACCACCAUCGACUCCAGAACCAAAGUCUAUUAUUACGGCGCCACCAAUACAUUCACCAUCUUCCUCCCAUCCUCCAUCAUCACCUUCGAAACAAAAAAAUUAUAGGUUAGCUCCAGCACCAGCACAUAUCCACCAACCAUCGAUGGCUCCAGAAUUGCAAUCCCACACAAUGUCACCGACAGGUACACCAUCAUCCAUCCUCCCUAAAUUACCCACUCCAAAUCCAAAAACCCCUAGGGUCGCUCCAACACCAAGAUCAUCACAAACCCAUCCACCAUCACCAGCUCUAAAACCAAAGUCCCCUACGAUAGCACCAACACAUUCACCAUCCUCCUUUCUCCCUCCAUCAUCACCUUUGAAAUCACAAACACCUAGGGUUGCUCCAUUACCUGGACCACAUACCUGUCCAUCACCAUCUCCAGAACAACACCCCCAUAACAUUGCACCAAUACAUCCAUUGCCUAAUUCCUACCCACCAUCAUCACCUCCAAACCCACAACCUAUUAAGGCGGCACCGGCACAUUCACCUUCCUCCUUCCCUUCAUCAUUGGCUCCAAAACCACAAAAAGCUAGGAUAGCUCCAGUGCCUACGCCAUCACAUACCCACCAUCACCAUCUCCAAAAUUACAAUUAAAGCCAUCGCAUGCACCCUCUCCAACUUUAUAUGCGCCUUUACCACCUCAUACAAAUGCUAAAGUCUCAGCCAAUCUAUAGCCAUACUUUUCCACCGACUUCAUCUCAAGUUUCACCUUCACCAUCUACUCAUAGUUCUAAGGACUCACCAUCAUCUAUCCAUGCCUAUCCACCAUCUUCACCCCGUAUUUCUCAUCCUCCAU